UGUGCACAGAAGACCAGUUUUGUUUAGAGCUAUCAUAACAAUGAGUGUGGUUCUAGUUUUUAUUGCGAUACUUAUUUUAGUACGACUAAUUCAGAGAUAUUUUAAUAUUAUCCAAAGUGGUUACAGAAUUGACGGACCAUGGUUUAUUCCAUUUAUUGGGAAUGCUCAAUUCAUAUGGAAUAUGAAGCCUAAUGCACUUUUUAGCAGAGUUGAGAGAUUGCGAGAAACAUACCAGAGGACAUUUCGAAUUUUUCUGGGAACUAAUUUGUGGGUCUUCUUGCACAGCCCCGAAGAGAUGCGUAAGGCCCUUAAUGAAGAUUCUCUAGAGAGAGCAGAUACUUUUCAGCAACUUGAAGUUUUACUGGGCGAUGGAUUACUCCUAAGUGAAGGGAAACGUUGGUAUAACCAUCGAAGGGCAUUGGCUCCCGCCUUCCAUCCCAAUGUGUUGGCAAGCUUCACAGAUCGAAUUUAUUAUCACGCCGAUGUGUUUAUCGACAGAGUCUUGAACAGAAAAGAAGUCGAAAUAUCGGAUUACAUUUUUCCAUGCAUGUUGGAUACCAUUUGUGAUACUUCGAUGGGAAAGAAUUUGCGAACACAAGAAGACGACUUUUCGCCAUAUGUUCACGCAUUCCAUGAAACAAGUGAGCUUCUAUUUCAAAGAAUGUCAUACCCUCCGUACUUUCUCGAUUGUAUUUUUAACCUUACAAACGCCAGUAAACGUCUUAAAAAAUCAAUAGCCAUGAUACACAAUUUAACAGAUGAAGUUAUAAAAGAAAAAGCAGACAGUCUCAAGACCGAUAAAAAUCAUCAACCUGCCGAGAAGUACAAUCGAACGCUUCUGCAAAUAUUGUUGACAACAGAAAUAGAUGGAAAACCUGUGUCAUUUCAGGAAAUCAAAGAUGAAGUAAACACAUUUUUAUUUGCAGGAGUUGAUACAACCGCAGCUGCAAUGAGUUUCAUUUUCUACUGUAUGGGAAAAUAUUCCGAAUGCCAAGAAAAACUCUAUAAGGAAAUCUCUUCUGAUCCCGACUGCUAUUCGAAUAUAAAUGAAAUAAAAUAUCUUGACAUGUUCAUCAAGGAAUGUCUUCGUCUCUACACAAUUGUCCCAUUGACUGGAAGACAAGUUACCAAAGAAAUUACAAUUGGCAGCACUAAUCUUAUUCCUGGAACAACACUUUGGGUGAAUAUGUAUGGUUUGGCUCACGAUCCCAAAUACUUCCCUCAGCCCUAUGAAUUCAAUCCGGAACGUUUUGGCAGUGAUGCAACUGAAAUUCCUCCCUAUGUAUUUUUACCAUUUUCUGGUGGUCCACAUUCGUGUAUUGGAAAAAGAUAUGCUAUGCUUAUUAUGAAAAUACUAACUGUAAGGGCUUUAAAACGCACAAGAGUUCAACUUAAAAAUCCUAAUGAAAAACUGGAGCUAAUGGCGGAGAUGGUAUUAAAAUCAACAAAUGGAAUUCAUUUGAAAUUUGAAAAAAGAUAAUUGAUACACAAAUAUUACAAAUAGAUAAAGUAGGUCUUACUGUAGGUACUUAGUUUUAAGUUUAUAAAAAUGUACAUUAAUAUUUAAAAUUUG